AUGAUCGCGAGGAGAUUGUUUUCUCUGCUUAGCCUCACGGCUCUGGCGGCUGCGGCCCCGGCUGCGGAGAGCUUCAACUCAGAGUCCGACGCCGAGACGCCCUUCUUCUACAAGGGUCACGACCUGAGCUCGCUGAAGAUGCUCGAGGAGUCGCAAAGCGUCUUCGUCGAUACGGCGCGGGGCAACCAGGAGCGGCCGGCGGAUGACAUCCUCGCCGAUGGCGGCAUGAACGCCGUCCGGUUGCGGCUGUGGGUCAACCCGCCCGACGGCACCUACGGCCUCAACUACAACAUCGACCUCGCCAAGCGGUUCCAGGCCAAGGGCCAGCGCAUCUUCCUCGACUUCCACUUCGCCGACAGCUGGGCGGACCCGCAGAAGCAGCCGGCACCGGCGGCGUGGCCGACGGAGCUGGAGCCGCUGGCGAGCCGGCUGCGCGAGUACGUGCGCGAGACGCUCGUCGCGUUCAAGGACGCCGGCGUCACGCUGGACAUUGUCUCCCUGGGCAACGAGAUCCGCCACGGCAUGCUCUGGCCGCUGGGCCGCGUCUCGGUCGACGUGGAGCCGUGGUCGGCCACGGUGGCCAACUUUUCCAACCUCGCGACGCUGUACAAGGCCGCGCGGGCGGGCGUCAAGGACGCCACCUGCGCCGGCGUGCCCAAGCCCGAGGUCAUGAUCCACCUCGACAACGGGUGGAACCUGACGCUGCAGGAGCGGUGGUACGGGGCGCUCGUCGACAACGGCGUGCCCCUGUCGGCGUGGGACAGCUUCGGGUUCAGCUUCUACCCGUUCUACGGCACGUCGGCGACGUUUGAGAACCUCCGCAGCGUCCUGCGCGCCCUGGCGGACAAGUACAACAAGCCCAUGCAGGUCGUCGAGACGGACUACCCGGCCGUGUGCGACGGGCGGUGGAACCCGAUCCCGGAGUCGUCGGAGCCGAGCAUCCCGUACAGCGUCGCCGGGCAGAUCGAGUGGAUGGCCGAGGUGCUUCGCAUCGUCAGAGAGGCUCCGAGGGGUCUUGGGAGGGGUCUGUGGUACUGGGAGCCCGCGUUUUUGAACAACACAUCUCUCGGGAGCGAUUGCAACGAUGCCAUCUUCUUCGAGGCGGAUUACAGCGACUGGCCGAAGACGGUGGGAUACUCGCGAGAGUCGGUGAAUGUCUUCCUGAACUAG